AUGUCGAUGCUGCUAGGUGCCAUCAUCUUGCUCCUCAACAGCGGACCGGUGUACGCCAAUACCUUGAAGGAUAUCGAGCAUGUGGUUAUCUUCAUGCAGGAGAACCGGUCGUUCAAUAAUUACUUCGGCACUAUGGCUGGGGUUCGAGGUUUCAAUGACCCGAAUGUGCAGGUUAAUGAUGAUGGGUUAUCCGUUUGGCAUCAGAAAGUCGAUCCCGAUAUGUCCACAGAUGCCAAAACGCUGUUGCCAUGGUACCUUGGCUACAAGGGUGGAUACUGGACCGAUGCCAUCCAGUGCAUGGUGGCCGGGAGUAACGGCUACGAAGAGAACCAGGCGUCCUUGAAUCAUGAUUUAAACAACAAUUGGGCGCGAAAUAACACCCCUUGGAGUUGGGGCUACCUCAAGCGGAGUGAUCUUUCUGUCCAGUUUGCCAUUGCCGAUGGCUGGACAACGGGGGAUAUGUAUCAGGAAUCUCAAGUGACUUCUACCAACCCCAACCGAGUCACUUUGGUCAGCGGUUCAGUCAAUGUGCCGGGCGGCCCCCAGGCAUCAGACCAAGGAGGAGUUUACCUCGACAAUAACGAAACACCCGGUUGCGAUACCCGCAAGAUCAACUGCUACCCCCUCAAGUGGAAAACUAUUUUCGACAUUUACGAAAAGGAAGGUGUCUCGUGGCAGGUAUACCAGGAAAAGGACAAUUUCGACGAUAACCCUCUAGCCUGGUUUGAACAGUUCCAAAACGCAUCUGCAGAUUCUCCUCUGGCAAAAAAGGGGCUGGCAACAUUAGGACUCGACGCAUUUUACAAGGCCGCUGCCAACGGGACCCUCCCAGAAGUGAGUUUUAUCAUCGGCCCGGCAGAAUUGUCAGAGCAUCCGCCAUACAUGCCGGUGGAGGGCGCAUGGCUUCAGAAGCAGGUCGUCAAUGCGGUGGUGAAGAGUCCAAAGUACUCAUCCACACUGUUGAUGAUUAGCUAUGAUGAGUCUGGUGGGUUUGGAGACCACGUCGUGCCAUAUCACUCCCCCGAGGAUACUCCGGGCGAGUGGAUGGAGGAUCCGUAUGGGAAAUUCGGCAAGAUCUACGUAGGGCCUGGCGUCCGGGUUCCAUUCUACAUGAUAUCCCCUUGGACGCGUGGCAACCGAGUCUUCACUGAACGUGCCGACCAUAACUCACAGAUUCUAUUCCUCGAGGAGUGGCUGACAGCCAGGGGAUACAAGAACAUCCGCACCGAUGAAAUGGUUCAUUGGCGUCGGGAACACAUGUCCAACCUUGUCAACGCAUUGGAUCUGCACCAUCCUGACACUAGCAUUCCUGAUCUCCCGGACGUGGAGACGCCUCCUACCGUUUUCGGCAAAUACGUCGGCGUGGCCAAGUGUAUAGCGACACACCUCGUCCAACGUCCCCCGGUGCCAUAUGGAAAACAGGGAAAUGUCAGCGAGUCCCUGUGGUUUGAGGACGGAUACAAGGAAUGUGUAGGAAACCUGACCGAAGGCCGGUACUUGGUAUUUGAGAAGUUCGGACAGGCCCUCACCAAUGCAGGAAAUGCCAGCCGGAUCAGUAUCAGUCGCGCCCACCCCGACCAUCGAGAAGAGAAGCAACGCUGGGUGAUUCACUACUCAGAGAAUGAGGAAAGCCAAGUUUUCCACAUAUCCAGCGCCUUGGACGGGAAAUGGUUGGGGUCGCAUGGAAUGUUGCUUGCCCCCGAUCGUCGCCAGGAGGCGGCCGACAUCAAAGUCACAUUCCUUGGGAAUGGAAAGGGGUAUUCCUUGCAGUAUGCCGACUCCACGUUCGUCGAGGGCUCGCAAGAAGUGAACGAGACAUGGAAAGGGUACCAGGUGUGGAGCGUGACGUAUCACUAA